GUGGAUCUGAUGUCCUCUUCUGGCCUUCAUGGCCAGUAACCCCUGUGCCAGGUAGCAUCCUGUACCAACUUUGAAUAACAACAGGGAGUUACUGGGUAGCAAACUUUCAAGAUCACAACUUACUGCUGAAGUAACUUGAAGUUGAAGAAAAUCAGACUUGAAACCAUGGCGAAGGUGACUAGAGCUGGGUCAGUAGGCCCUCCAGAUGGAGGCUGGGGCUGGAUGAUUGUGGCUGGCUGCUUUCUUGUUACCAUCUGCACCAGGGCAGUCACCAGAUGUAUCUCCAUUUUUUUUGUGGAGUUUCAGACGCACUUUGCUCAGGAUUAUUCACAAACAGCAUGGAUCCAUUCCAUUGUAGACUGCAUGACAAUGCUCUGUGCUCCACUUGGGAGUGUUGUCAGUAAUCACUUAUCCUGUCAAGUGGGGAUCAUGCUGGGCGGCUUGCUGGCAUCUACUGGUUUCAUCCUGGGCUCCUUUGCCACCAGCCUGAAGCAUCUCUACCUCACUCUGGGAGUUCUCACAGGUCUUGGAUUUGCACUUUGUUACUCUCCAGCUAUCGCCAUGGUCGGCAAGUAUUUCAGCAGGCGCAAGGCCCUCGCUUAUGGGAUUGCCAUGUCCGGCAGUGGUAUCGGUACCUUCAUCCUGGCUCCUGUCGUUCAGCUCCUUAUUGAACAGUUUUCCUGGCGAGGGGCACUGCUCAUUCUUGGAGGGUUCGUUUUGAACCUCUGUGUCUGUGGUGCUUUGAUGCGUCCAAUUACUCUUAAAGAGGACCAUUCAAGUCCAGAGAAGAAUCAUGACCAUGGAACGCAGAGAGGAGACUGUCGGCAGGCAUCUCCCUAUUCGCCUUUGACCAAAGAAUGGGCACAGAUGUGUCUCUGUGGCUCCUUGCAGCAGGAAUAUGGUUUUUUACUCAUGUCUGACUUUGUCAUGUUAGCCGUCUCCGUUCUGUUCAUGGCUUAUGGCUGUAGCCCUCUCUUUGUGUACCUGGUGCCUUACGCUUUGAGUGUCGGAGUUAGCCACCAUCAAGCGGCUUUCCUUAUGUCCAUACUCGGGGUGAUAGACAUUGUUGGCAACAUCACAUUUGGAUGGCUUACUGACAGAAGGUGUUUGAAGGAUUACAGAUAUGUUUGCUACCUCUUUGCUGUGGCACUAGAUGGGCUGUGCUAUCUGUGUCUCCCAAUGCUCCAAAGUUUCCCUCUUCUUGUGCCUUUCUCUUGCACUUUUGGCUACUUUGAUGGAGCCUACGUUACCUUGAUCCCUGUAGUGACUGCAGAGAUAGUGGGGACCACCUCUUUGUCAUCAGCACUUGGCGUGGUAUACUUCCUUCAUGCAGUGCCAUACUUGGUGAGCCCACCCAUUGCAGGAUGGCUGGUGGACACAAUGGGCAGCUAUACUGCAGCAUUCCUUCUCUGUGGAUUUGCCAUGAUAUUUAGUUCUGUACUGCUUGGCUUUGCUAGAAUUGUAAAGAGGAUGAAGAGAACACAGCUGCGGUUCCUGGCCAAAGAAUCAGAUCCCAAGCUGCCACUUUGGACCAAUGGAUCAGUGGCCUACUCUGUAGCAAAGGAGUCAGAUCAGAAAGAGGGAUCUAUGGCUACUGCUGUGACAGGUUGCAACCUCACGUGACCAGUGUGGCCUUAUCCCUGGGAAUCUUCAAGGCUGAUGGACCUGAGGCCACCAGAUUGUUCACAUUUCAAAAGUAUUUUAUUUUGACAGAAUAUUGCCUCCCAAGAAAAUUAUUAAUACUGUUUUGCUAACAUAUUUAUAAGGAGAAAUAACCAAUAACAAAGAAAUCUGGAGUGGCCUAGAGUUUUCUCAUUCAGGAUUUGUACUCUCUACAAAACUUAGCUCCCCAGAGGAGGUCAGGACAUAGUUGAUGGAAUUAGCUAUAUUUCAGGGUAACUCCAAGACACAACCAAAGCACAGGCCACCAGGCAAUUUUGUCAUCACAAAGUCCUUGUUCCUCUGUCUUCCUUCUCAUGGCUCUUCCAAGGUAGACAUCACUUCGAGUGUCUGAAUAAUCAUGAACACCAUGGUUGGAAUGGAUUUGAAAGGUGGCUGGUAGUGUAUUUCAUUUGAAACUAGCUGAAACAGGAAGCUCUGUGCUCUAGCUGUCCCUGCUACUCACCUCUGUCACCACCCCAUACUUACUCUAAAUUUAACACAACUCGAUGAGUGAUGGAGCAAUUUCUCCAUCUUUUCUGAAAUGUUAGUAGUACCCCAGGAACCCCCACCUUGAAUCUGAACUGUAGACACAUUCCUGUUAGGAAUAGAAGAAUGUUGAUACUACUCCAAUUGAGCAGUAAUUGAAUUCUUGAGUCAGCAGGGUAUCUGGUGGGAGCUUUCUUUGCAAACCAGUCAUUAGAUUCAUCACUGUCCAAAAGAGGGCUUGGGGGUUUUCUUGUCAUAGUGAUGUUCUAAAAAUGGGAUUCUGUGCUCACCCUAUUCAUUUUUGGAUCAUAAUUAUAAACCUGACUUAUCAGUUUAGAAGGGUCUGUUCAUUCUUUAAAAACUCAACUUUUCUGUGACUUGGAAUUAUUACUGAAUUUUCAGAUUGGAGAAGAGGACAUGGAGAAAACAGAGGAAGGGCAGGGCCCCCAAUUCAUCUCCAGCUGUUUCAAAUCCAUAGAAUUAAGAGUCCCAAAUGCCCAAUCAUGUCACAUCUGCAAAGAAGCCAAGUUAUGUAACUAAAAGGGGAAUUGUAAUCAUUCAGGAGUUUAAAUCUAAGUCACAUGGAAACAUUUUGAUCUCAAAGGCCAUUUAACCUACUGUCCCCAAGAGGCCUCAGAGUGGCUCUUGCCAGACGUGAUGCUGGGAGAAAUAACAAAGCAUUGAGGGAAGUCUGAAGAUAGCGAAGACCUUGUUUGAAUUGGAGAAUGCUUGUGUUGCUAUAUUGCCUUCAUAAUGGGAUAGCAGCUUGAUUUGAUGGAGAAAAUGAUACUACUUUCUUGUAGCUUUUCAUAGAGAAUUUGAAUGUUCUGUCUUUACUCAUCCUGUGACUUUAGUUUUUUUAAUCCAUUCACUUUGUCAUUUGCAAUUUUAAGAAUAAUUUAGGUAUAUCUGUGGAAUUCAAAGUUAAAAUGAAA